AUGCCGCUUUCAGCUUCACUGUUUGUGUGUGUAGCUACGCUUUCAUGUUUGUCGAUAGCUGGACCGCUUGAAACACGUAUUUCUGGCUUGCUUCCAAUUAAUUCAAUUUCCCGCCGGCCAUAUGUUCCCUGUCCGCCAGUCACGAGUUUCGCUUCUGUACCGUCCGGAGAGUUGGACGAACCGAGCCAAAUCGGCCCUCGAGACGGCAGUCGACUCGUGUCGAGUGUUAGUGUGCCACGACAAACGGACCUUUGGUUGCCACCGAAUCCUCCGGUUGAGGCUGUUCUCGAAGCGGCCACUUUUGCUUGCGGUGACGGUGUGUCGAAGGGUGGAGAUGAGCGGAUGCCUUUUCGUGAUGUACCACUUUGA